UGGCCUCCCCGGCCCCCUCCCUGGCUCCGGCCCCAGACCUGGACCCGGAUCCGGACCCUGAGCCGGACCAGCAGCACACCCACGAGGAGCAGUAUGUGAGCGAGGGCGACUGCAGCCAGCUCGACACAUCCACGGUGCCACCCGACUGCAGGGACGCCGAGACCAUCACAGAUGUGUGCAACAGCACUGACCUGCCAGAGUUUGAGAUCAUCAGUCUUCUAGAGGAGCAGUUGCCAGUGUACCGGUUGCGGGCUGACACCGUCUACGGCUACGACCACGAUGACUGGCUGCACACUCCCCUCGUCGCACCGGACACCAGGUUUGACCUGACCACCGAGCAGAUCGAAGAGACACUCAAAUACUUCUUGCUAUGUGCAGACAGAGUGGGCCAGAUGACGAAGACCUACAAUGACAUCGAUGCUGUCACACGUCUGUUGGAGGAGAAAGAGAGAGAUUUGGAGUUGGCUGCAAGAAUCGGCCAAUCGCUUCUUAAAAAGAACAGAAUUUUGACUGAGCAGAAUGACUAUCUGGAGGAACGAGUGGUACAAAUCACAGAAGAGGUGGCCCAGCUGCACCAUGAGCUGAACCUGAAGGAUGAGCUGCUGCAGUUUUACACCAAUGCAGCUGAGGAGAGCGAGGAUGAAUCCAGCAGCUCCCCAACGGGAAAGAAAAGUAAAUUGGAAACAGCUUCAGGAGCAUUUGUGAGCGACACACUCCAAAGGAAACUCAAAGAUCUGGAAGAAGAGAACCUGUCGCUCCGCUCAGAGGCUAACCAUCUAAAGUCAGAGACUGAAACAUAUGAAGAAAAGGAGCAGCAGCUUGUUAAUGACUGUGUGAAAGAACUCAGGUUGUCCAGUCUCCAAAUCUCUGCAAUAGCGGAGGAAUUGGCUCGUAAGACUGAGGAUGCUUCCCGACAGCAGGAAGAGAUCACACACCUCCUCUCUCAGAUAGUAGAUCUGCAAAAGAAAGCCAAAUCUUAUGCGGUGGAGAAUGAGGAGCUUUCUCAACACCUAGUGGCAGCUAAAGAUGCCCAGAGGCAGCUUACAGCAGAGCUCCAGGAGUUGGAGGAGAAGUAUACAGAGUGCAUAGAGAUGCUGCAUGAAGCCCAGGAGGAGCUGAAGAACCUGAGGAACAGAAACUACCCAGCAGGAACCCCUCGACGUUGCCAUCCCCUGGGACUGUACCCCAUGGAUUCUCUGGCAGCUGAGAUUGAGGGAACAAUGAGGAAGGAGUUGAGUAUGGAUGACCCAGAGAGCGAGGAACAGAAAAGCCAUCGGAAGCGUGUGUUUGAGACGGUUAAGAACGUCAACCAGACAGUCCGUCAGCGUUCUCUGACUCCAACCAAUGCCAACAUCCCGGGCUCCAACCAGUCUCUGUCAGCUCGUACAUCGCCACAGUCCAGCGGUCUCUCCACACCUCACUCCAGCAUCUAUGGAGGCGACAUCAGCGGAGACAGUAUGGCCCUUGACAACCGAACACAGAGCAUCCUGAUGGAGACUGUGUCCAAUCAGGAUAGCACAGAAGGCCGAGAAAAGAAGGCCAGUGGAGCUGAGGACCUGCGGCUCGCCCUGCGCCGCCUGUCUCUGCGUCGACAAAACAACCUAAGCGAGAGGCGCUUCUUUGAAGAGGAGAGGGAUCGGAGACGAGGAGGACAUGGAGGUCUAUCUGUAGCCCUGGGCCAGGAGCAUGUGAUGACUCCCUCAGAAAGCAUCAUGUCUCUUGGGAACCUCCACAUUUGGGCCACACGAGGGCCCUACCUCCCUGACAAACUCCAGAUCGUCAAACCGCUUGAAGGCUCUGCCACUCUGCAUCACUGGCAGCAGUUAGCUCAGCCUCACCUCGGUGUGAUUCUGGACGCCAGGCCAGGAGUUGUGCCAAAGGGCUACAGACCCCUCGAACUAGAGCUGGAGCAGGUAUACCCAUGGGGAGGCUUUGAGGAGGAUGAAGCUGCAUACUACCCAGGUAAAUGCAUGGCCCACACCAGUUCUACCUACACCUUCACAACCUGUCGAAUCCUCCACCCAACUGAUGAGCUGACGCGAGUCACGCCAAGUCUAAACCCAGUCCCGGCAUCGUCCUCCUGUGUGAUGACAAGCACUCUGUUGGGUACUCCUGCUGCUACACCGUGCACGCCCCGCAGGCUCAGUCUCAGGCCAUCUGAAUCCUCAACCAACCUCAGAGAUGCAACACGCACCACCAGCACCUCCCUGGGGUUAGUGCGCCUUCUCCAGGAGAGAGGGAUCUCUGCAGCGAUGUAUCACCAGAGCCAGGGCCUGGAGUAUGGUCAGGGCAUUGGAGGAGUCUUAUUCAGCACUUCUAUCGCCCCUAACCGAGUGCCCAACCCCGACCCUCUGCGCCCCUCUACCCCUCCCAACUCGCCCACAGGACAGGGAGCUUCCGCUGUGCCAACCCCCGUGGGCUUCGACUUCAAGAGCCCUUCCUACGACAACUUCCUGGCCUCCAAACCGGCCCGCUCCAUUCUGAAAGAGGUGACGGGGAGAAUGAGGGGCAGGCAGAAAGCUAGGGACUGCGAAAGCCAGACGGACGUUAGUGUGACCGUCCACAACCUCAACCUGCUGGACAAGGUGAAGCGGCUAGGUGUGGCUGGAGCUCCAGGGGCCAGAGCAGUAAGUCCCAGCCCGAUCCUGGGGCCUCUGGGUGGGCUGCGCAGAUCCGGCUCCCCUUUUGGGCCCGAUGGAAUGAGGAGGAACCGGAGUUAUCCAGCCAUGGUUGGAGCUAGCAUGGCCAUGAAAGCCCCAGGGCCCCAGGAGUAGUCUGUACUGCUGCUGGCUAUUAGCCAUGUAGGAGCCAGGCAGGGCCAAGGACCGACUGUUGAGCAGUCACCUGGAGCCCAAACACUGACUGACACUGUUCAUACUGUACGACAACAACAUGGCACUACUGACCAGUUUCUAAUCACUACUGUGGUUCCACACAGACACUAUCCAUUCUUCAGUGCUUUAAGGUGGUGACUUAUGCUUGAAUUAAAAUCAAAGUAAGUUAACGGGUUGGUUCAUCCAAAACAUCUUCUGGUAUGUAGUCAUGCAGAUAGUUUUGGCUUUAUGUGCCCAUAUUAUGAGAUGUUGCUGAAAUGUCUCAUGUCUCAAUACAAUGAAGGUGAAAGGAAUUUCAUUUCAAAGCACUGAACAAUUACAUUUAAAAACGUGUCUUUCCAGAAAAUGUUCCUGUUACUCUGGAUAAUCCACAGAUUUACUUCCUACCAAUUAAAAGAAAACUUCAUCAACAUCAUUUUGGAAAAUGUGCUUUUUUGGCUUCUUUCUGGGAGUUAGAUGAGAGGAUUUAUAACACUCUCAUGUUUGGCGUUAAGUAUGAAGCUGGAACCAGGAAGUGAUUCACCUAGUUUAAAGACUAGAAAUAAGGAAGUUCAAAAAUACAUCAAACAGAAGUGUAAAAGUUACUAUUUGUGGUUUUAGAUAAAUUAAAUGGUAUCUGUAACUUGAUGAGCAACACUUUAUCGUCCGGGCUGUGUUCAGAAAUAGUUCCAACAACUCCCCCUGAACCCCAACGUUUGUCAUUUUUACUCUAUGUCUGUUUGUGUAUGUAUUAAACACAUGUUGUUAGUGAGCUUUGGAGGUGCUGGUAGGUAGAUUUUUUAAAUUUAAGAUGAAGGCAGGCUAGCGGUUUCCCUUGUUUCACUCUAAAUAUAUGCUAAGCUAAGCUAGUUGCCUUCUGGCUCUAGCUCCGUACUUAAUGCUAAGACAUAAUAGUAUAAAUCAUCGAAAACUCUCGAAAAGUAGGCAUAAUAGUGUACUUCCGAAAUUGUCACAUUAGUCCUUUUAAAAAGUCAGAAUGAAAACUUUUUACAGUUUGUUCUGUGGACUUUCCAGAGUAAGGGCAUGGGUACACAUUUGCAAAUUCUUUUUCAUGGUGACCUAGACCACCUAUUUGGCACAGACAUCCAUGUCCCCUUUAGGAUGAAUUGUAAUAUGUUUGGUGAUCAUCAGGUCUGAAUUUUAAUUUGUCCAAUACCAGUUACCUGCAAAACUAAAAAUAUUCUUUGGUUUUAGCACUAAUUAGCAAAUCAUAGCACGCUAAUACACUAAACUAAGAUGAUGAACAUGUACCAGCUUAACAAUCAGCAUCUUUAUUAUCAUUUUAAGCACGCUGCUUUUAGCAUUUAGCUCAAAGCACCACUCAGAGCCUCUAUAGACUUUUGUCUGGUUAUUUUUACACAGAUAUGUUAAAUCUGGGCACAUAAAACCAAUUUUAUGUAAUUUGAUCUUAUGUAAUUGGGUGAACUGACCCACUCAAAGCAGAAUAUCUUGAAAGAGAGCUACUGAGAUAUCUGUCUGCUCCCACUGCUGUCCACUCACAUCCCUGCUUUGGAGACUGACUCUGCUGGCUAGAUAUAGUACUCCCACUCUCGCCUUUUCUGAAACACAUCCACAAAAUCCCACACGGAUCCAGACAUACACCGGUGCACUCUGUUACAUCUGCCAUUGCACUAGUUGUACUACUACUAGCUGUAGCACUAAACCAUGCCUUUCUUAAUCUCUAUUAUUGGAUUAAGAUCCACCUUUUUAUAAAUGAUUAUACAAUUUACACCAAAUACAUGAAAAUAUGUCACCCUUGCUGUAGCGCUCUCUCCCCUCAGUCAUACGCCUACCUAAAUGAUUAUCUGUGAGUCUGAGAAGUCCCUUUGAACAAAUCACUGAAUAGAUUUUUUUGUCAGUAUUAAAGAUACCUUGGUUUAGUUUCCUAAUUGGCCAUUAGACAGGGAAGUUGAUGGUGCUUCCAUCGAUUGGACGAUCAAUAGGCUGAAGCCACAGCUCACAAAGAGUGAGAGAGGGAUAAGGGAAGUGAUUGUGGCUAAUCAGCCGUCAUGGUCAGAAGCUUUUGGAGAAAUGAAGCAAUAUAGUGCCUCGAACAUCUGUUUUUGAUGAUUUAUGUUCUUUAUGUGUUGGAUUGUGAAAGAGCUGCCACGGCCAUCAUUGCACUUGUGUUUAUUUAUUUUUUAAAAAUCCUUUGAAUUUGUGGUCAUAGAAAUGAUGUUGUCUCACAUGUGCUCACUGUAUAUACUGUUCAUUGUCACUAGAUUGUAAGUAAUGACACACUUAUAAAGGAAUUGUUAUGUGUAGUGCAUAACCAAGAACCACACAUCACUGUAAGUAUUGAGGUGAGCAUAUAAUGAGGGUUUUUUUCCAAAUAAAA